AUGCAUCUUAAUCGUACUACUGUAACCCAAGCAAAACACUCCAGUGUCAUGUUCAAAAGUGAUGCUAAAAAUGUGUACUCCAUAAGUUACGAUUCAUUAUCGAAUGAAUCUGAUGAUAUUAAUUUCGUUAAAAUGGAUUUCCCCUAUAAAUCUUUGAAGCGCAUUGAAUUGUUGGGUUCGUGCAAUGGCGUGGUUUACCUUUGGAGCCAUGGAAUGCAAUUACAUUUUCUGUGGAACCCAGCCACAAAGGAAUGGAAGAAAUUACCCAAACUAGGUACAAAAUAUAACUACCUACCAAGAUGCUGCCAUGGUUUUGGCUAUGAUUACGUGGCUGAUGAUUACAAGUUGGUAGAGAUUGUUCGAAAUGAGGAGACUACUUCUGUGCAAGUUUAUUCUUUGAAAUCAAACUCAUGGAAAAGCCUUCAAACCAUCCAAUAUAAGUUACGUAGUAGUCGAGCAGGAAUAUUGUCUACUCGAACGUUAUCUGGAAUGAUUUUUAACGGAGCUCUUCAUUGGUUUGGGGAUAGGUAA